AUGGGGGGUCUGGGUGGGGACGGAUUUUUAACAGGGGCUGUUGUGAUAGAGGGCGAACACCGUCCCACAUUUGCUUUGAAAUGGCUCACUACUCAGCCAGUGUGGGUUCCACAGUGGCCCCUAACAGAAGAGAAAUUAGAGGCCCUCAAAAUCCUAGUUCAAGAACAAUUGGUUCAAGGGCACAUAGAACGAUCCACAAGUCCAUGGAAUAGCCCAAUAUUCGUUAUAAAAAAGAAAUCUGGAAAGUGGAGGUUACUCCAUGACUUAAGAAAAAUUAAUGCUAUUAUGGAAAGCAUGGGUGCCUUACAGCCAGGUAUGCCAUCCCCUACAAUGAUACCUGUCUCUUGGGAUAUCCUGAUUGUGGACUUGAAAGACUGUUUCUUUACUAUUCCAUUACACCCAGAUGAUGCCCCAAAGUUUGCUUUUACAGUGCCUUCUAUUAACAAUGCUGCACCAGGGCAACAUUAUCAAUGGCGAGUGCUUCCGCAGGGCAUGCGAAAUAGUCCAGUGAUCUGUCAGGAGUACGUGGCUCAAACAGUCUCAUCAGUGAGAGAGCAAUUUCCAGGGGCAUAUUGCUACCAUUGUAUGGAUGAUAUUUUGGUAGCAACCCAGACAAAAGAAGAACUUACAGAAAUUCAGCCAAGCUUGUUAAAGGCACUGAAAACAUUUGGGCUGCAAAUAGUUCCUGAAAAGGUGCAGCAGCAAGCACCAUGGAAAUAUUUGGGACUAAAAAUCUUAAAUCAGACCAUAUAACCACAAACUAUUCAAUUCUCAACAAAAAUUGAAACCCUAAAUGAUGCACAGAAACUUUUGGGUUCUAUCAACUGGGUUAGAUGGUAUUUAGGAUUAACUGAUUCACAAUUGGCACCAUUAUUCGACCUGUUAAAGGGUGAUCCAGAACUGACUUCACCGAGAAAGUUAAUUAUAAAAGCAAAAGCUGCUCUUGAAAUAGUAGAGCAGGCUAUAACAAAGAAACAAGUCCACCGGAUAUGCCCAGAGGUGUGUGUUACUGUGUUUAUUAUAAUUGUUAAGUUUCAUCCAACAGGAAUCAUCAGGCAGUGGAACUGA